GAAACCUACGAAGCGGCUGUGGCAUCGUCCGACCUUCGCACUGGAGAUCUGCAGGCCCUGGCAGUAAGCUUCCUCCGUGGCGCCGUGGAUGUGGCAAAGCUGGCACCCCGCCUCCUGGCCGCGGCAGAGGCGAUCGGCUGGCAUCGCCUGAGCUGCAGCUGCAAGGUCAUCCUCUUCAGAGGCUUCGAUCUCCAUCGGGAGCUGCUGGAGCCAAAGGACGUGGCCACGGUGGAGGCCCUCUAUUCUGAGGUCGUGGAGACCUUGGGCACGCAGCUAGACAAGGCUGCGGAGCCUCGCGGGCUGUGGGCGCAGGAAUUUCCAAAGCAGUUCCGCGCGGCCAUGGAGGACUUCAAGGUCACGGAGUUAGACGCGUCCUCCACCGCCGCAUUGCUGAAUCGCUUGGGCAUCGACUGUGACUGGCCGAUCAAGGAGGACAAAGAGAAGCCGGAAUGGGAGGCCGAGGCCGAGGCUGUUUUGUGGCGGGUGAGGCAGAUUCCGGUCCUGGAGGCACAUCCUGUCCCAAAUCGUGGCCAGACCUUCGGGCAUGUUGAGUGGAGCCUGAGAUGUGCUGGAACCGAAGCCUCUAAGCACGGACGGCUGAUCCUCCGAAGCGGCUACGGCUACGAUCGAAAGCCCGAAGGGGAGGACCGUCAGCAGGUCGUCCUGCGAGCCCAAUCCGUUGAGCCGCUGGUGCCCCUGGUCCUUGAUGGCUUCAGCAGGGAAGCCGAUUCGGAGAUUCAGGCCCUGGCUGCCGUCUUACGAGAAGCAGAACCUUUGCGGCCGUCCGUGAAGCGGGAGUCGCGCACGUACUCCAUCUACGAGGGAGUGGAGUCUGCCGUAACGAUGACCGGAUCGGAGCCCUCAGGCGAGCUUCUGCCGUUGUCCCUCAUGCUGCCCCCCAGUGGCGCCUUCCACGCUCUCAUCCGCCUGUCUCUGAAGGAGGGGCGGCUGAACGAAGCGCUGGGCUUGCUGGAGUUCAUGAGAAGGAAGGGGGUCCCCAUCUUCAGCCGUACCUAUGAAGAUCUGGCGCUGAACGCCGAGAUGCAUCCUCGGAAGGCGAUGGGCUUCAUCGCCGAGAUGGAGGCCUUGGGCCUCCAGGCGUCCCGGCGCCUGGUCUCUGCAGUUCUGACACGUGCCUGCCGUUUGAGAGGCCAAGCUCGAGAAGGCCUCGGCCCAGCCAUCCUUCGCCUACGCUGCCGGCAGUUCUGGAGAGCGAAACAUCAGGCCGACGCCGCGCCCGACGAGGAGGCCUCGGACGUGCCGCUUGACGAACGGUUUCGGCCAGGCUCGAGUGCUGCGGGUCCGCGUGCACCGCUUCUUUUUCUCCAGCUGCCGAACUCUGGAGCCAUAUCCUCCUCCAUCAGCCGCACGGGGCACCUUGCACCACGAUGGGCGAAGGCUCUAGGAAUCUGGGCUGCGCUGCGUUUCUACGAGGAGGAUGCGAAAACACCUUUUCGAGUUUUGCUGGCUGUGGCCGGCAUCAUACAGGACAACCAGGUCAUGCCGGGCUCGGCCUCCAACUCGGCACAGAGGGCAGUCGUCGCGUCGCUGCGGCAGACAGGGCUGCUGGAGCGUAUGCUGACGAAGCGUGCUCUGACGCCGGAGGAGGAAGCUGCUGUAAGGUUCAUCGAGGAUUCUUAG